CGCUGCCGCUGUCCCCGCGCUGUCCCUGCCCGGUGGCACCGCCCUCUCUCGGCGCCGCUGGCUCGGUCUCGGUCGCCGCUGCCGCCGCCGGGCGCUGCCGUAGCGGCGCCUUUAAUUCGCGCUCCCCUCCCCCGUCGGCCGCUCCAGCCUCCAUUUUCCAGCGGCUCCAGCACCCGGAGGCGGCGGCGGGAGCGCCCGCAGGGCCCCGCGCGGGCAUGGCCGCCAACAUGUACCGGGUGGGAGAUUAUGUCUACUUCGAAAAUUCUUCAAGUAACCCAUAUUUGAUACGAAGAAUAGAAGAGCUGAAUAAGACUGCCAAUGGAAAUGUGGAAGCGAAGGUAGUGUGUUUCUACAGAAGAAGAGAUAUAUCGAGUACCCUUAUUGUACUGGCAGACAAGCAUGCAAGAGAAAUGGAAGAGGAGAUGGAAAAUCCCGAAAUGGUUGAUUUACCAGAAAAACAGAAGCAUCAGCUACGACAUCGUGAGUUGUUUCUCUCACGACAGCUGGAAUCUCUGCCAGCCACACACAUUAGGGGCAAAUGCAGCGUUACUCUGUUAAAUGAGACAGAAUCCCUUAAAUCGUAUCUGGAACGGGAGGAUUUCUUCUUCUAUUCGCUAGUAUAUGAUCCUCAACAAAAGACCCUACUUGCUGAUAAAGGAGAGAUUCGAGUUGGAAACAGAUACCAGGCAGAUAUAACAGACUUAUUAAAAGAGGGUGAGGAUGACGGGAGAGAUCAGUCAAAACUUGAAACAAAAGUUUGGGAAGCCUUUAACCCACUAGUUGACAAGCAGAUAGACCAGUUCCUGGUGGUAGCACGGUCUGUUGGUACGUUUGCCCGAGCACUAGACUGCAGUAGUUCUGUUAGACAGCCAAGUUUGCACAUGAGUGCUGCGGCAGCCUCGAGGGACAUCACGCUGUUCCAUGCUAUGGACACUUUGCACAAAAAUGUCUAUGACAUUUCCAAGGCAAUCUCUGCGCUUGUGCCACAAGGAGGGCCAGUCCUGUGCAGAGAUGAGAUGGAGGAGUGGUUCUUGUCUUCAGAGGCAAAUCUCUUUGAGGAAGCACUAGAAAAAUAUGGAAAAGAUUUCACUGACAUUCAGCAAGAUUUUCUCCCAUGGAAAUCCUUAACAAGCAUCAUAGAGUAUUACUAUAUGUGGAAAACUACAGACAGAUACGUUCAGCAGAAACGAUUGAAAGCGGCAGAAGCAGAGAGCAAGCUAAAGCAAGUAUAUAUACCCAACUAUAACAAGCCAAACCCCAACCAGAUCAAUGUAAAUAAUGUCAAACCAGGAGUGGUAAAUGGUACUGGAGCGCAGGCACAGAACGCAGGAGCAGGACGGGCCUGUGAAAGCUGUUACACCACACAGUCUUACCAGUGGUAUUCUUGGGGUCCCCCUAACAUGCAGUGUCGCCUCUGUGCAUCCUGUUGGACCUAUUGGAAGAAAUACGGUGGCUUGAAAAUGCCAACACGGUUAGAUGGAGAGAGACCAGGACCAAACCGCAAUAAUUUGAGUCCUCAUGGUGUGCCAGUACGAAACAGUGGGAGUCCCAAGUUUGCUAUGAAGACACGACAAGCUUUCUAUCUCCACACAACCAAACUGACAAGAAUUGCCAGACGUUUAUGUCGAGAUAUCUUGCGCCCAUGGCAUGCUGCAAGACAUCCCUAUCUGCCUAUUAACAGUGCAGCAAUCAAGCAGAGUGUGAGUGCACGUUUACCUGAGGCAUCAGAAAACCCAUUGCUAUUAAAGCAAGUGGUUCGAAAGCCUUUAGAAGCAGUGCUCCGGUAUUUAGAGUCUCAUCCAUGUCCUCCAAAACCAGAUCCUGCAAAGAACUUGUCCAGUUCUCUCAACAAUCUGACUCCUGCUAAGUUUACGCCUGUCAUUAACAAUGGGUCCCCAACUAUCCUAGGAAAAAGAAGUUACGAGCAACACAAUGGAAUGGAUGGCAACAUGAAGAAGCGCCUGUUGAUGCCUAGCAGGGGUCUGCCUAACCACGGACAAACCAGACAAAUGGGACCAAGCCGAAACUUGCUGCUCAAUGGGAAAUCAUACCCAACAAAAGUCCGAUUAAUUCGUGGUGGAUCCAUGCCUCCAGUGAAAAGGAGGAGGAUGAACUGGAUUGAUGCACCAGAUGAUGUUUUUUACAUGGCUACUGAAGAAACCAGGAAAAUCCGCAAGCUGCUUUCCUCCUCUGAAGCCAAGCGAGCUGCCAGACGCCCUUACAAGCCUAUUAUCCUCCGGCCCAUCCAGGCAGUGCAGCUACGCCAGCCCAUGAAUGAUGAACCCAUAAUCAUUGAGGAUUAACACAUGCUGAACAGCUCUCCGGAUGAUGGUGGAUCUGCCUGGAUCUCUCCUCCAGCAUAUACUUGAGUUUCUUUGGCUACAGCAUUGAACUGACUGCUGAAGAGAGGGAACUUCUGAGAAACCUUUUUGCAUCUUUUAAACAUUUAAAAGGAACUCGGCCUGCUCUGAGCCUCUGACCACAGACUGCUCUCUCUCACAUCCUCUCUCCUUCUCUCUCCUUUCUUUUUUUUCCUUUUCUUGUUUUUUUGUUUGGUUGGUUUUUGAUUUAUUUUUUUUUAUAAUUUUUUGGUAGCUUCUCUCCCCUUUCCUUCUACCCCUUUUGUAGAUGGGGAAGGGAAAGUCAGUUUAAGUUAUUAAGAGAAUGUGGACUAGUACUUUUUAGCUUUGUUUCCUCUUCUGAUGUACAAAGAGUUAGAACCCUUCAUUUUGUGACUGACCUCUCGUUGCAAAGCCGUUUUUAUGAGGCUGUGUUGUAAGAUUUUUCUUUUCCUUUUUUUUAAUUUUGUGGAUGGUGCCAUUUUUUAUUUCAUUUAUAUUCUCUCUUUUGUAGAUAAAUUUCCAACCUUUAACUGAUAUUUGGAAAUAUGAGCUGAAAGCCCAGCCCCAGGUUCAGCCAAUUUUCUUUGGUCCUGUCCCUUAUGUUUUUUGGAUCAUUUUGCACAGCCAGUUGUGCUCAUGCACAAAACAGAAACAACUCAGGCUGAGAAAGGAGUGAGCUAAGAACUGAAGAACUUUGCAGAACAUUACACUAAUGUUGUGGGCAGUGGAGGCCGGGCUACCAGAAUUAGGUGUCCUUACUCUAGUCAAUCCCUGGGAGCUCUGGCCCGUGGCAUUUUUCCCAGUAACCAGCAGUUUGCGUUCUGCCUUCUCACUGACGUCUGGAAUCCUACAUGCUGUUGUGCCACCAUGACCCAGCAGUAGGCCCAGCAGUCCAGGAAGUGUAAUGAAUUGCUUUGCUCUGGCUCCAAGAGUCAAGUACACCAAUGCCCAGGGACAUUUUGCUUAGAACUCUGAACCUGUUUGUGCAUCAGUGUUUUUGGACACAUCUCUCCCAGGAUGAGACCUGGUUUCUCUUUAAUUGCAUUACAGUAUGUUUCCCAUUUUGAAGGGAAUUUAAAUUACAGUUGGCUUUUCAUUUGAACACAUUGUGUCUGAAGUUAAGUGUUCAAUUCCCCCCCUUGACAUUUCUUGUGUUUGAGGUUUCUUGCAUCUCUUGAACUUCUUAUGUAUUUGCAAAUCUGUAUAGUUUCUUUCUCAUGUGUCUUCUCAUUGCAGUGCAUUUGUUGAAUGCCCUGCCCUGUUCUGAAAGGUUGUAAACUUCAUUUGCAACUUGUGCUGAUCUGUACAUGUACCUGCCUCGAGCAGACACAGCAUGUAAUAACCCCCGAGUCAUUCCAUAUGUGUCAGAGGUGAGAUGAGCCAAAGUUGUAUUUGGGUUAUCACAGUCCAACCAUGAUUCUGUGCAACUCUGCUAACCUACUGGGUUACACGGAAAGGAAUCCCCACAACAUGAAAACAAUUCAGUUAACUUUACUUAAUAAACCUGGAAAGUGAGCUUUUGUGAAACAUCUGCUUUUUGUCUCUUCAAAAGCUGCUGCCCGGACCCUUGCUCUGGGUGCCCUCUGGCUGGCGUGCACACACGCCGCUGCACGCCUUCCUUCACACCCCAGUGCUGUCUUCUGCUCUCAGGUGUUUGCGUAACUGCAGUGCUGCAAGCACCUUUAUGUUGUACAGGGCGACAGUCAUUUUUAGUUUGAUUCCCCUUGUAUGCAGUUAAAACAUUUUGAGCACUUCAGACUGUGAAGACCCCUCCUCCUUUUAAACGCAGCAGCAGAUGCAGCACAGUAGCUCUGAACGGGCCUUUUGUUCGUGGUGGCUCGUAUGUCUUGCUGAUUCGUAGUGUGACUGGCAUGUGACAGAGUGAAAUCCCUGGAGGUCAGCAAUCAAACUGCCUCUUCAUUUCUGCUUUUGCUCCUUACUGGGAUAAGCAAAGUGGGCUCAGUGCUUGGUUUCACUUGCUGCUUGGCAGUGGUGAGGUUUACUUGGGGGCUGUGCAACUUAGCAGAUGUUCUACAUGUAUCCUGUAGUGCCAGUCACAUUUCCUAGCCAUUGAAAGCAGGAGGGGACAGCCAUUCUGAAGGAUAUGCCAUGUAUGAAGGACACGAAGCUUACCAGAAAGAAGAGCCUCUACGCUGCAUGCAACGGUGUGGGACUGCACCAGAGACCCUUGGCAGUUUCACUUUCCCUCCAUCAACUGUAGGAUUAACCUUAUGUACCUGCAAAAUACCACUGACUGCAGGAAGGUGCUGUCAGAUCAUUUUUCUCCAAGGGAAGGGUCUCACAGGGGUUCUUUCCUUGCUGUCGCAAAAUGACAUCUGAAGAGACGACUUUGAAAAUGCUGUGUCUGAAUUGGCUUCAGCCCUCUGUGGUGGGAUUCAGAGCUGAUGCCUCAGCUGUAGCAGAGGGUAUAGUUCUGCCGCGGUGCUGGGGCAGCUCCAAGAUCCCUGCUGCCUGGGGAGAUGCACUUCAGCUCUUGGUGGGUGA